AUGGCCGAGAAGCAGCCCAUGCUCUCAUUCGCAAAAGUAGUUUCUGGACAGGCGGAAGACGCUUCGUCUCCAUCACAGCAGGUUCAGCACACGCAAGAUAGCUCUCAUUCUUCUACACAAAACGAAAACAGUCAACCCGAAAAGCAGGCACAUCCACCACAUAACAGACGUGAAAAGGAAAAUGUUGGUGGACGUUCGGAAAGACCACGAGGUGAAGGAAAAGGAAAACGUCGUAAUAACAGAAAAGGCGAUCGAAAACCGAGAGGAGAGACUAAAACCGAAAAACCAGCUGAAAAGGUAGCAACAGAAGAGGUGAAACCAGUUGAGAUUCCUGUUGUGCUGGAACCAGCUCCAUUACCGGCUAUAAACGCUUGGUUCAAAAACAAAGAAGAAGCUGAAGCCGCAGCUGCCGCAGCUCAAAAGGAACAAAAAUCCGAAACCGCCGCAGACCAAUUUAUUAUUACUGCAACUCCAGUCGUUCAGAAAUCUUCAGCGCCAAUUCCAGAAAAGAAACGGGCUGUUGAGCCAACUCCUAAACAAGCAGCGCCAAUCAAAGAGAAGUCAAAAUCCAGAGAAUCAAAGAAAGAGCCAUGGAAAACAUCCACAGCCCCAGCAGCAACUGCUCCUGUUACUGAAACAGUCACUGUUGCUGCCACUCAGGAUUGGCCAACUCUAGCGAAAGCCGAGCUUAACGGACAUGUCUCCCCAUCAAAUUCAGAUGAUAAUAACGAAAGCAGUAGCAAUUCGCAACACAAAACUGGUGGAAAGAUGACUAAAAAUAGUUGGAAGAAGGUUGAUAUCUCAGUCGACUAUGGAAGUAAAGGAAAAGGAGCACCGCGUGGAAAUGGCGGCGAAAAAGGAACCAGACGUUCGGCUAAUGACGAAGCUGUUCGGCGACGAUCUGGCGAAGAGGAUUCAGCAAGCGGAGAUGAGCAACAAUACUGGUCUCGAAGCAAAGACAACAAGAGCCCAAUCAACGAAAUGUCGAGUGAUCGGGUCGUGGAUUCCGGAUCGAAUGGGAUAUACUACCAACAAGGUGGUACUCACGGCUGGAAAAAGAAAGUAAAUAAUAAGGCAGGAUCUGAUAUGCCAACUCCUCCUAAUUCAACUUCUCCACAUCAAAGCGAAAGCAAUUCACCAGAACACUUGCCAAAAGACAAAGCGCCAAUCAUGAACGGAAACGCCAAAAAUGCCCCUGCGGCUAACCGAAACGGAAAUAACACAAGCACCGCCAAAACUGGAGACUACUGGCACAAAAAUGGCGGUGAACGCAAGGAGGACAAAUCUCAACCAAAAGCUUAUUAUCAAAGAAACGACAGAUUUCAAGCUCGAGCAAAUCCUCAUGCUCCACCAAAGUUGACAGCCGCUCAGCGAAAAGAGCGUGGUCCACUUCCACGCUGGGAGGAUAUUGAAGCUGGAGAUGAUAACUUCGAUUAUAUGACUUUAAUGGAAGCACAAUACUCACAGUAUUACGGUGCUCCUCAACAGUUUGAACAUCAGCUUGAUCCACAUCAAGCCAGUAUCUUGAUACAACAAGCACAACAGCAUAUGGCGUCAUUUGCUCCAUUCCGUCCACCAAUGCCGAUGCUUUCACCACACCUAAUGUCUCCUCCAUUGGAUCGUGAUGGUGGAGUCACUUCUCCAGUAUCUAACGGAGAACCUAUCAACACUGCGAUUCCAUUUGCGCCAAUUUACAAUCCACCAACUGCACCACGCCCUGUGACAGAUGAUACACUCAAGGAGUACGUCAGGAAACAAAUUGAGUACUACUUCUCGGAGGAAAAUCUUCAAAAGGACUUCUUCUUGCGCCGUAAGAUGGGUCCUGAAGGAUAUUUGCCCGUUGCUCUUAUUGCAUCGUUCCCACGUGUUCGCUCUUUGACAGAAGACUACUCGUUGAUUUUAGAAGCUCUCAAGGAUUCUACUAAAGUCGAUAUGUCGCCGGAUGGUCUUCAGAUUCGAGCACCCGUAAAUCCAACCAUCUGGCCGUUGAUGCCAACUGUUAGUGGAGCUGAUUCGUUGCCAGGACCAUCUUCUCAGGCACCGCAACAAUUCAGACAAAACGGACCAGCAGCAACGGCUGCACCAGUGGAGUCACAACCACAAGCUUCAUCCUCAAAACCACAACAACCAGAAGAAUGGGAAGAGGUAAAAACGAGGAAAGGAAAAGGAAAAGGACGACUCACUUCUGGAUCACAAUCUACAAAUGACAAUAAAAGACAACCGCAGCAACAACAGAAAUCAUUACAACAGAGUGGAUCAGAUCAACCCGAUUUGGAUUUUCAGUUUGAUAAUGAAAUAUCCGGUGGUGGUGGCUCAGCACAGACACCGAAAAGACCUGAGAAAUCAAAGAAAGCUUUCUUGAGUGCUAUCGAUUCGGAAGAAAUCGGAGACGAUGUUAUAAGCAAAUUAAUUAUUAUGACACCAUCACGUAGAACACUUGAUCGUACUGGCGAUUUUUCAACGAGAUCACAAAAUCAAGGAGAGUUCAAUGAAGAAGUUGAAAUUGGAUUGCGCAGAUACGAGGAGGAAUUGUGGACAGUGCCACAGGAAAAAGAUAUUCCGACGUCCAAGGUCUCAACGAUUUCCGCUGAACAGUUCAAUGAAAUGCGCGGAAAUGAAGACGCAAAGAAGACUUCUGAUGAGCCACCAGAGAUUCCACUUCCUUCGGGAACUCAGCCAACACCUGACUCUGUCUGGACAAAGAAAGCAAAAGAACGUGCGGCCGCCAGUGUUACUGUGCCAAAGUCGCCCAUGCAACGUCGUGAGUCUGAAGAGCAGAAGAUGAACCGUUUCUAUCCAAUCUCAAAGCCAACUGCUCCACUUGACGCAAAAUCUCCACGCAAAAAGAAGACUCGUCACAGUGAGAAGCCACCAGUUGAGAUGCCAGUGGCCUGGGUUCUUGGACGCGAAGAUGCUCUUCCAGCAGCACCAAUCGGAAUCGCAGCCAGCUCAUCUCAAGUUCCUGCCAAUCAUCCAUCGAUCAGUCUUCUUCAAGAGGAUCGUUUUGUGCAGAAUGUGUACUCGACGUGGAGACAAGCUUGUCUGAAACAACGCAAGAGUCUUGGAUAUGACUGUGCUGAAAUGAACACUUUGUAUCGUUUCUGGUCAUUCUUCUUGCGCGAUAACUUCAACAGAAACAUGUACGAGGAGUUCCGCAAGUUGGCUCUUGAAGAUGCCGAGAUUGGAUCUCGCUACGGGAUUGAGGCUCUAUUCCGCUUCUACAGCUAUGGUUUGGAAAAGAAAUUCCGGCCAGAAAUCUACAAAAAUUUCAUGAAAGAUGUCACCACCGAUGUACAGAAGGGAGAACUUUACGGUCUCGAAAAGCUUUUUGCAUUCUUACAGAGAUCGAAAAUUGCCAAGCAAUUGGUUGUCGACGACUAUUUGACAAAGGAGUUGAAUAAAUAUAAAUCUACGGAUGACUUCAGAAAUCUUCCACAAUCAACCAAGAAGUAAGAUAUGCUCAAAGUAUCGUUUCCAUCCCUCCUAUCACUUUCACCUAAGUUACCAUCAUCACACACAUCACCUCAAGUGUCCUUUUUUGAAAUGUUUUGCUCAAAAUACGCCGUUCUCCUGUCCGUACAUCUUUUUCUGCCUUUUCGCUCUACACUUUAUUAUUUUUUGAACUAUCUUCAUUUAUACCCUUCACAAUCACGGUUAACUUUAAUUUUUCCCGUCCUUUUAUAUUUUUUGAAAUACACCGUUCACCAUCCCACCCAAACACUUGAUCUUCUGAAGUUUAUAUCUCUUUCUUCUUUUCUUUCUUCCUCUUCCACUUUCCAGCCAAAAUGUUUGUCUUCAAAACUCACAAAUGGCUCUUGACUGUAUCGUUUUUUUGUCAUUUUAAUGAUUUAAUCGUGUUUUCUUUUCUUUUUCUCCCGUUGUUAUUCCCUUUUAUGGCCAUUUAAGCCUUUUUCCUGCUUCCAAUUCUUCUGUUGUUAUUAGUUUAAAAACAAGACUAUUGUUGUUACCCUUCACCCCAAAACCUCCAUAUUUGGACUAAAAGAUUUCGUGAUAUCAGCUGAUCUAGUUUUAGUCACUUUUCUAAAGCUGAUUUUACAAAAUCUCAGGGCACUAGUUAAAUGCACCUCUCUUUAGAAUUUAGUUCCAUCUUGUAGGCCUUUUUGUUAUCUUUUUAUAUUUGUCAUCCCCCACGCGUUCUGCUUUUGUUCUUUCCAAAUUUCUUAAUAACUCCUACAUAUUCUGAAAUUUUGGUGUAGAAUUUUUAGUAGUUGGCUUUUAAAUAUUUUUUAGUGUUUCGAAUGAGAUUUCCCCUCAUCUCAAUCGUUUUGUUAUAUAUGACUGCUUCCCCCACUGAUGCUUUUUGUUUUUUCUUGUUUGCUAACCCCCAGGCUUUCAGCUUUUCAGAAAAAAAACAGCCAGAAACCCGUGUGGUCUUUCUGAUGUAGAAAUUCUGAAAGUCUGACACUUUUUGUCUCCCGAUUUCACCAUCGACGAAGUACUUGUCUCCAAUAUCAUUGGAGUUGAUUUGGUUAGAAAUAAUUUGACUGAAAUACUGAUUUCACCCUUAUCAAUUUCCUUUCCCACGUCCCCCUAUUCAACAUCUCCUUCCCCACCUUCUCUCAAGACUUGUGUAUUAUUUUAAAGGACGGAAUAAACAUAAAAUCAAAAUUUU